UGAAGGCAGAAUACUACAUUUCCGGUAAUAUCCUCGUCCUCGCUCACCCAUGCUAACUUGACUACCAGGUAUAUAUGCAUUAUCCGGCCCAAAGACGGUAGGAGCUGUUCCGGAGUGACAGCGGCCGUGUAACCGUUGACCUUCCUUCCUCUCACCGCGGUAGAAACAUGGCUCUGAGCCGUUUGGAAAAGGCUCAGGUAUGGCUCUUCAAGGCGGUCAUGGGAGUCCUCUUCACGUUUUACCGGCUCUUCUCUCCUCGGAGACCCGCUCUGUCCGGGAAGAGGCUCCCGCCCGUCAACAACCCGCUGCUGGUCGUGUCAGCGACGCAGCUCGCCAGGAAGAUCAGGCGAAAAGAGGUGUCAAGUGUGGAGCUGGUGCAGGCUUACAUUGACAGGAUCCAGGAAGUCAACCCCUUACUGAACGCUGUGAUAAAAGACAGGUUUGCUGCUGCCCUCCAGGAGGCGGCCCAGGUUGAUAAGCUGAUAGAGGAGGAAACUGGAGGAGAGGAGGUACUGGAGGACCGACUGCCUUUACUGGGAGUCCCGCUCUCCGUCAAAGAGUCCUUUGCCCUCCAGGGUAUGCCCUACACCACAGGCGUGAUCUCUAGGCGAGGAGUCGUGGCCAACGUCGACGCUCCACCCGUGGCCCUGCUGAAGAGAGCGGGCGCCAUCCCGCUGGGCGUCACCAACACCAGCGAGCUGUGUAUGUGGUCCGAGUCCCACAACCACCUGAACGGCAUGACCAACAACCCGUACGACCUGGAGAGGAUACCAGGAGGAAGCUCAGGUGGAGAGGGCAGUAUACUGGGAGGAGCGGGUGCAGUCAUUGGCAUAGGCUCAGACAUUGGCGGCAGCAUCCGUAUGCCCUGUUUCUUCAAUGGAAUAUUUGGCCAUAAAACCACUCCUGGUGUUGUGUCCUGUGAGAACCAGUACCCUCCUACCUCCGGCAGACAGGAUGAGUACGUCAGCACUGGACCCAUGUGCCGUUACGCUGAGGACAUGCUGCCCAUGCUCAAGAUCAUGGCGGGACCCAAUGCUCACAUGUUGUCCUUAAAUACGAAGGUUGACCUAAAAAAGCUGCGGUUCUUCACCAUCCCUCAUGAUGGUGGCACGCCUCUGACAUACCCCGUCAGCAAAGAGCUCAUGGACAUUCAGAAGAAGGUGGUGGAGCGUCUGGAGGCCGAUCUCGGAGUAAAAGUCCAAGAAGUGCAUUUGCCUGAGCUCCGCUAUGGCUUCCAGAUCUGGGACACCUACAUGGGGCUUCCUGAUAAGGAGGGCAAGCCUCCUCUGCCAUUUGCUACGCUGAUGGGGGAGCCAGGACGGCCAGUGUGGCCUCUGUGGGAGCUGCUGAAAUGGAUAAUGGGGAAAUCGGAGCAUACCAUGGCUGCUAUUGGUCUGGCCCUGCUGGAGAUGACUCAUGUGUCCAGACCCUCGACCUUCAUCAUCGAGCAGAAGGAGAAGCUGCAGAAGACGGUGGACGAGCUGCUGGGCACUGAUGGUGUUUUUCUUUACCCCCCGCACCCCAGAGUGGCACCUGAACACCACCACCCGCUCUUCAGACCUUUCGACUUCGCUUACACCGGUAUAAUCAACAUCCUCGGGCUGCCGGUCACACAGUGUCCCCUGGGUCUGAGUGAGGAGGGUCUGCCCCUGGGUGUGCAGGUUGUGGGUGGGAAGCUGCAGGACCAUCUGACCCUGGCUGUGGCUCUCUACCUGGAGAAGACGUUCGGCGGCUGGAGGGACCCCGGAGCCAAGUAAAAACACAUACUCCCAAGCCAUUACCAAAUCUCCAGACUGGAGCCAGUUGGAUCAAAGAUUGUGGUACUCUAUCUGCCUUGCUGCUUGCUGUAGUACACGAUCACCCAGAGGUACGAUCAGCUGGCUGAAUGUUUAAGUGAAAGAGAUUAAUUUUUGUACCAAUGAGGGAUCAGCUGGUCCAAUUAAAUGUUUGUCAUGAUUUUAUCAUCUACCCUGUUCAGGGACCGUUAUGUUAUGAGCACAAGCUUUAAAAAAAAAAAAAAGAUUGAUUUUUAUAUUAGUGGAAAUAUCUUUAAUCGAGCAUUCACAUUAUCAUGCAAAAACAAGGAUUUUGUGCUCUUCAUGACUGGAUAUCCGAUGUUAGACUGCUUUACCUCACUGGCACCAUAUCAUACCUUUACAGUGUGUAGUGGAAAAUGCCAGAUACUUACCUUUCAAACAACUUUUAAGUUUACACACUUUAGUUUUUACCGAUUUCUUUUGACCGGCAGCUGUACAGAUAUGUAUGUAUGUUACUAUUUUAACUCUCAAAAAGGUUCAGUUUUUUUAAAGCCCUGUGUGUGCAAACAUGCACACAGAGGUUGUUUCUGUUCUGACUAAUUAGACCUGCAUUUUCUCCUGUGCCAACAGGCACAGGUAAUCUAGAGAGGUGACAAUCAGGUGUGAGGAGGUCCAAUCUGCCAGACAUGAAACACCUGUGUGGGUGUGUACUGUAAAUGUGUAGGGUCUUUUAACUCAUAACUAAUACUAAGACUGUAGACAACAAAUAUUUUAACAUCCUGACAAAAACAUUGAUAAACUGCUGUUGCGUGAUAAUGUGAACGCUGUAUAAUGGCUAUUAAUUGAUUGUGGUGCCUGUUUUAUGCUGCAACUCAUUUGUUUCAGCAAAUUAAAAAAAAGAAAAA